GUCAGAAGAGCUGUCAUUUUUAACAAUUUAGAAUACGUCAAAAAAUGGAGGAGGAACGUCUUUUCGAUGAAAGGGUUUCAAUUAGGGAAUCAGCUCGACCCCUAAAAAAAUACGGUAGCACCUGCAACCACAUGAAAAGGCACGAAGAAUAUAUCAAACAUGUUAUGAGCAAAGGUGAUACGUUGCAAGGGAUAGCUCUAAAAUACGGUGUAACUACGGAGAAGAUAAGGAGAGCGAACCGUUUGUUCGCGUCGGACAGUUUAUUUUUGAGGGAAUAUCUGUUGAUUCCUGUGACCAAAGAUUCGCCUUUCUACGAGAGUGGUGAGCGGGUCACCGAGCCCGCGCCGCCGAAUCACCGCGCUUCGAUCGCGGGCAUGCCAACUCGAGACUUCUCACCGGGCAGUCCAGACGAGAAGAAGAGUUUCGACGAGUUUCUGAACAGGGUGGACUCAUCACUGGCUGAUAUCAAGAAACAUGUUGAGAAGACCAAGGAAAACAGUGAAUUCGUAAAGGAGCUUGAAGAUGGUUUCGUGCGGCAUCGGCCGACGGCGCGACUGCGACAGUCGGCGUCGCUCGGCGCGUCGAGCUCGUACAACGAGAUCAUCCCGCCGCCGUUGCCGCCGCCGCCGUCCAUGCUGACGCAGGGCCGCCGGGUCGACACGUCGCUCAAGAGGCUGGAGCGGACGCACGAGGACCUGUUCCAGUUGUAGCGGUCGAGACAGCGCAGG